AUGGGUGUGUCGCCGGUGUCGCCGGGGGGCAGCGGCGGCUACGAGUGCUCCUUCAAGAUCCUCCUCAUCGGGGACUCGGGCGUCGGCAAGAGCAGCCUCCUCGUCAGCUUCGUCGCCGCAGCCAACCUCGACGACGACAUCGCGCCCACCAUCGGAGUUGAUUUCAAAAUCAAGUUUCUUACUGUUGGUGGAAAGAAACUGAAACUGACUAUAUGGGAUACUGCUGGCCAGGAGAGGUUUAGGACAAUCACUAGUUCUUACUAUAGAGGUGCUCAAGGAAUUAUUCUAGGUAAAAAAAAUGUUCUUAGUUGUUUUUGA